AUAGCAAUAAGAAUGACAAUUUGGGAUACCUUCAUAUUGGAAAUCGGCAAGCAACUUCUACAAAAAAAAGACCACAUUGUGGUCUUGCUAGCAUGUGGCUUGCAAGUGAAGAACUUCAAUGGUUUAUUUCUAUCAACUGGGAGAUUUAGUCGAUUGUACAUGACACACAAAGAUGCGACUACUAUUAACUUAGUGCAAUGGUAUGCUAAUGAUAACUUUGCUCAAAGGAAGUCAAAGUCCAUUUGUAACAGUACUUUGUCGAUGCAUCAUACAUUUUUGACAUCAAAUGCUCAUCGUACCACCAUCAAGAACUUUGGUACCAUAAGGAAAGUAAGAAUACUUCAUUGAAA